AUGAAUAGCCGGAAAUUGCGUAAAUUGCAGUCUGAAUUUGAUUCCCUUAUCAUGAUUAUUGUUCAGUUUGAAACCAUACAGCAGUUCAUGCAACGGUCACGCGGCGUGAGAAUCGAAGACCAUAACAUUGACAUGUCGAAAAUGAGCGAAAUGAUCAGCACUACCAUUUCAGAACAGUUUCAGAAUUUGAAGAAGACAUUGCCCUUAUCGCAGUUCAAACGAUACGGAGAAAAUAAACCUGGGAAGGCGUAUCGAAUCCAAAAGAUGCGGGCAUAC